UGAAUGUUCAAGAGUGACUGGGAGACUGAGUCUGAGUGAGAGACGAAGAACGAUUAAGAUAUAAAUAAACGAUUCGCUGAAGACUGAAGAUUGUUGAAGAGUGGAUUGUGGAGACCCGAGACGAUUGAACAAAGCUCUCCAGUAGAACACCACAACACUACUCAGUACUCAGUAGUCCGUGAGAGAAGAAGAGAGCUGCUUCCCGAUUUUCAAGAUACCGACGCUCUGAUAAGUUUUACCAGGUUUCUCUAGGCUAUAUUCAAUCCAGGAAAGCUUCCAGAACGACUUGAUCGUAGAGAGAUUGAAGCAAGACUCUAAAAGGGAAAAGGACCUUAUCAAAGAGUAAGAAAUGAAAAAUUCUGUUUCAGAGCAGAGCUUCUACGUUGAGAGUGAAGAUGAAGACGAAGAGAAGGCAUAUACCAAGGGAGCUGACGACGGCAAUGAUUCAGAUUCAUCCGAUGCUUCAUCGGUUGGAAGCCAACAGAAAAACAGGCCCAGUUCUUACAACACUACCUGGCCACAGAGUUACAGGCAAUCUAUGGAUAUUUACAGCAGCGUGACUUCACCCAAUAUUGGGUUUCUGGGAACUCCUACAUUGCCCAGUUUAAGCAGUUCUUUCCAUUCAUCCUCGCUAAAAAGGAGACACACGCCCGAGAUACUAUCCACCUUGGUGAAGCCUCUGUUACCCACAGUAACUGAUUACCAGCAACAACAAUUACAACAGCAGAGGCAGAGCUCUCACUCUCUACUUCCUCCUAUUCCUACAAAGAAACCUUCUGCAAAGAAAAUAACCCCCGAUCAGAAACCCCACAAGGUCUCACAUGAAACCUCUGCUCCUCGCCAGUGCUCCUACGGACAAUCUGUGCUCAAUGGCAUUAAUGUUCUUUGCGGGGUUGGAAUCCUGUCUACUCCUUAUGCAGCCAAGGAAGGAGGUUGGCUUGGCCUCUCUAUACUGUUCAUAAUUGCCAUGCUCUCCUGGUAUACUGGAAUCCUGUUACGCAAAUGCCUAGACAGCGAACCUGGACUUGAGACAUAUCCGGACAUUGGCCAGGCUGCUUUUGGUACCGUCGGCCGUUUGUUUAUAUCCAUAGUUCUAUACGUGGAACUUUACGCUUGCUGCGUCGAGUACGUCAUUUUGGAAAGCGAUAAUUUAUCGUCGUUUUUCCCAAACGCACAUUUAAGUUUUGGCGGGUUGCAGUUGGACUCUCACCAUCUUUUUGCGUUAAUAUUCAUCCUUGCAGUUCUUCCUACUGUGUGGCUUCGAGACCUUAGUGUUCUUAGUUACAUCUCAGCUGGGGGAGUCAUUGCAUCGAUAUUGGUGGUUCUCUGCUUGUUCUGGAUUGGGCUGGUGGAUCAAGUUGGCUUUCAUAACAAAGGGACUACACUGAAUCUGACAACCCUUCCAGUUGCCAUUGGGCUCUAUGGCUACUGCUACUCUGGACAUGCUGUCUUCCCAAACAUCUACACUUCAAUGGCCAAACCAAGCCAAUACCCAUCAGUCCUCUUGACAACGUUUACCAUUUGCACUUUGUUGUAUGCCGGAGCUGCUCUGAUUGGAUAUACAAUGUUUGGGGAAACAACAGAGUCACAGUUCACUCUUAACAUGCCCCAUGAUUUAGUAGCUUCAAAAAUAGCUGUCUGGACUACGGUGGUUAAUCCAUUCACCAAGUAUGCAUUAACCAUGAUGCCGGUGGCAUUGAGUCUCGAGGAAUUGAUACCCUCAGUCCAUCUCAAAUCUCACAUGUACGCAAUCCUCAUUAGAACAGCUUUGGUGAUAUCUACCUUGCUCGUGGCUCUCAGCGUCCCUUUCUUCGGUUUCGUGAUGGCACUGGUUGGAUCUUUAUUCACCAUGCUUGUUUCUUUGAUACUUCCUUGUGCUUGCUUUUUGAGGAUCUUGAGGGGUAAAGUGACCAUGUUUCAGGGAUCAAUGUGUAUUUUGAUUAUUAUAGUAGGUGUCAUAUGUUCUGGCUAUGGAACAUUUUCAGCCCUCUCUAAAAUUAUAGAGAAUUUGAGCUAAAGCAUGGAGGUUCCCCAACAAACAGAAAAGAUAUCAUGAUUGUGUACACCAUAUUUAGUAGUCCUCCCUUUUCCUUUUUUUUUUAUUUUUUGUUCAUUCAAUUUUCUCUAUUCAUUUUCAAUGCCUAUUAAGUUGAUUCCAUAGUAGACGUGAGCAAUAUUGUAAUUUUAUUUUUGAUAAGUGAGCAAUAUUGUAGUUGGACCCUUUAUUUGAAUAGGCAUGCUGAUCAAUAAAAGAGGACUGUUAGUUAGAAGUGUUUUUCA